AUGGUUGCUAUUGCAAAAGUAAUUAUUGCUGUGAGUGCUUUUUUACGAGCUGCGCAAGCAUUUUGUAUCUAUAACAGAAUAACUGCGCCAACAAAAUCAGAUGAAAUUGAUGGAACAAAUCAUGAACGAAAAAUCAUAUCGAUUAAUGUGUGGGAUGCAAGACAUGGGCCUAAAUCAUUUAAAAAAACAGUGGAUGGAUAUGACUCGGUACAAUGUUGUCAUUGGAAAAACCAAGAUUGCAAUCCAAAGGGUAGACCCAACUCACCUAUCAGUCUUAAUGUAAAUUUUUCGAACGACGAUAAGGUAACUUAUUUAUACAAAGCUCAGGUCACUUGUGAUGCAACCUCAGCUUUUAUUUUUUCUGGCCCUAUGGAAAAUAUUUCUGUUGAAUGCGAUACUGGAAAUGGGGAAAUUGUCAAACCUUCUUUAGAUCUUUUAGAAGACCGUUGGACUGAAAUCGGCCAUCCGUUUUAA